AUUUUGUUUCUUUCCCUCUCUCUCUACCCCUUUUACUUAUUAUCCUUACAAGACCUCUGAUCCAUACAGCGGCCACCAAUGGCCUCCAACCCGCCCUCGAAGAAGCGUGCCUUCCCAGCGGCGGGGAACACCAGCAGCAGCAACAGCAGCUAUAAGAAUGGAGGAUUCGCCUCAGCCGCCGCCGCCCGCAAGCGCGCCAAAACCUUCGACGCCCGCACCCUGGCCGUGCAGACCUCCGACGCGGCCCUGUCGCUCUCGGGCGAGCUGGACGCGGCCGCCUACGUCGAAGCGCGGGAGUUCGAGAUCCGCGCGCUAGAGGCCGGCAUGCAGCGGUCGCGGGCGGCUUUGACAAGCCGGGCCUUCCAGAAGGUGCCGCGGUCAUUGCGCCGGCGGACGGCGAGUCAUAAUGUGAAGAGGGUGCCGAGACGGUUGAGGGCGAGGGCGCGGAGAGAGAUGAUAGAAGACAACACGCCCACCGUAAGCUCACGGACCCGAAAACCCACCGAACAGAUGCGGAUCCGCCUCGAGACUGCGCGCCGGCUACAAGGGCUGAACGCCCGGACGAAAGCCAAACGGGCCCUGCGUCGGACCCUGCGGGCCCGGGAGUUGAGAACUCAGCUUGAAAACGAGGGCGGAGGGAGCCAUGCGUAUGAGAUCGCGCCGCGCGUGCCCAAGAUCAAGAAGAAUCGCCUCUCCCGGCCGCUGCCGCCCGAGGCCCGCUACCGCAAGCGCCAGCGCUGCAAGACCUGGUUGCCCACCCAUAUGUUCCAUGCCAAGCGCGCAAAGAUGACCACUUCCCUGGAUCCGUUGUGGCGGUUUGCGGUGCCGUUGUCGCCUACCGAGAAGAGUUAUCGGCCGACGCAUCGCGCGAGGGGUACUAGGGGCUGUGUGGCGUGGGAUAUGAGCUAUAUGGCUACGGUGCAGUUGGAGGGGACCGGGGCGGGCGUGGAGGCUGUUUUGAAAAGGUUGGGGGUUGGCGUUGCGGGGGGUGAUGAUGGUGUGCAGGCCUGGGGGGUUAGGGGCCGGAAGUGGAGGGAGGGGAAGAGGGGCCUGAGGAGUUGGGUAUUUGAGGCCGCGACGGGGGAUACAGAGGGUAAGAGGAGGAAGCCGAUUGCGGAGGUUAUGCUGGUGUGGUGUGCUGCUGCGGCUGAGGUGGGUGGUGAUGGGGAUGUGGACAUGUUGGAUGUUGAUGCUGAGCAGCGGAAGAAGAGCAAGAAGCAGCAACAGCGCAAGAAACUCUGGAUUCGCGUUCAUCCGUCGGCUUUCCUGCAGCUGUGGAACGAGGUGCUGGCGAUCUCGAAACAGAUGAACCCGCCGGUCAUGGUCGAGGACCUCCGAUUCGAAAUUGGUAGUAUCGAAAUCACGGGGCCGGGCUCAAUGGAGGCGUUGAUCGCGUCCCUGAAGCCGGUCGUCGCUGGUGGGAAGUCAUUCGCAGUGAAGAGUCCAGAAGUUACCUGGGGCUCCUUGUUGGGCGUUUCUAAUGCUGCCUCUUUACCGAGGGAUGCGCUACUCGCUUUUUCCGUCUCUGACCCCCGGUUGAGCCACCCUCCGAAGACAUUGAAGCCACCAACUUCCGAGAGUGAGAUGCAGAAUUUGGCUGUUCUACUCUCGACUUGGCAUCCGGAUGAUACCCAGACUGCCCCGGCUCUUUUCGAUCGUCGCGCACGUCUGGCCGCCGUGCGUCAAAUGCCGAGUCAGAAAGCCAUCAACCGGCGACGCUCAGCAGCUGGACCGGGAAUCACGCCCCCUACAAAGGAUACAGAUCCAGAGAUCCCUGUCAUCGUCCUGGCGUGUCGAUCGCCUGUGCAGUCUAAGGAUAACAACGGUCCGGGAAGCUGGACCGUGCUGCUUCCGUGGAAGUGUGUGCUCCCCUUCUGGUACAGUCUGAUGUACUACCCGUUGUCAAGCGGAGGCAUCCCCCGAUUCGGAGGCCUCAAGGAGCAGCAACAGCUGGCUUUUGAAUCCGGAGGCCCCUGGUUCCCCGGUGACUUCCCUGGAACCCGUGCCGGGUGGGAGUGGGGUCUACGCGAGCGAGAUGAGGCGAAGAAGGCGUGGGAGCGACGGCCGAAGGGGCGCCGAGUCGAAUUCGACAGCCUGGAUCUCCGCAACGGCCAGAAGGGCGAAAUCGGUAGAGGUUGGGCCUGCGACUGGGAGAGACUCGUCCAGGGCCCAGCGAAGGACGAGGAUGCACAAACGAAAGCCAAGCAGGCAGAUACAUUCAUAGAGGAUGCUGCUGGGGCUAGUACUACUACAACAACAGCCACAGCCGAUGACCAACCGCCACUAAACAUCCACCAACUCUCCUCAUCCCAGGCCUUGCGGGCUCUGAGCGAUUCCUCGAUGAAAGUCGAUAAUGCCGCGCUCGCCACAGUCCGCAUCUCCCUCGUCAGCCGUGGCACCCCAACGCCUCGAGCCCGGAUCUACCGUCUCCCUUCCAACGACCCAGAUCUCAAACGACGCUGGGUCUCCCUGGCAUCGAAAAAGCCUGAGCAAGAAAAAGAUUCCCGCAUCGCUACCGCUGAGGACGUCCAGCAGCGCCUCGCCGCGUCCCUGCUCACUCCCAGCGCCGAUAAGGAUGCUCGUCAGGAACAUCUCCCGCUGCCUUCUGAGGCCGAUCUGAUCGGGUUCAUUACGACGGGCAACUACAACCUCGCGGAAGGCAAGGGAACGGGCAUCGGAUCUAUCCAGGUGGUCAAGGUUCGGAAGAGCACGACUCCGAGCAAGGAGAAGGUGCAGGGGAAGAAGAAUAUGUGCAUUGUUCGGUCUGCGGGUGAGCUGGUUGGACGGCUGGGGUAUUGGGAGCUUGUCUAGCUGGGAUUUACUGUGCUUGCUCAAGAUAUGCAUGCGGUCAUGGUUGUUAGUGAGGAGUGGGAUUCGGUGUUUCAUGAUACCCCAGUAAAUAAGUGGACUGAUUUUAUAGAGUGAGAUGAUUGACAUGGUUGAUGAUUUUGCAUGAUAUUUCGAGGCGAUGAUGGAUGGGUUGGAUUACCUUACCUGGUGCGUAGUUUCUUGGGUUGAGUUCUCUUCGAU